AUGAUUGAGUUGGAGGCGUGCAUGAAGGGCAAAGGACUAGCCAAAACCAAAACGGACGCAGCGCUGAUGUACGACGCGGUGCACGUGGUAGCGGUGGCAGUGCAGCAGUCGCAGCAGAUCACUGUCAGCUCGCUGCAGUGCAACCGCCACAAACCCUGGCGCUUCGGAGGGCGCUUUAUAAGCCUCAUCAAAGAGGCCCAUUGGGAUGGCUUGACUGGACACAUCCUCUUCAACAAAACUAACGGAUUGAGGACAGACUUUGACCUGGAUGUAAUCAGUCUAAAGGAGGAAGGACUGGAAAAAAUUGGAACAUGGGACCCUCCCAGUGGGCUGAACAUGACAGAGGACCACAAGAGCAAGACGUCUAACAUCACUGACUCUCUGGCUAACAAAUCCCUCCGCGUCUCCACCAUACUGGUGGAGCCCUAUGUGAUGUUCAAGAAGUCCGACAAGCCGCUGUACGGAAACGACCGCUUCGAGGGCUAUUGCAUCGACCUGCUCCGCGAGCUCUCGGGGAUCCUGGGCUUUCACUAUGAGGUGCACCUGGUGGAGGACGGAAAGUAUGGGGCGCUGGAGGAGAGCACGGGCCAGUGGAAUGGCAUGGUCAGGGAGCUCAUGGACCACAAAGCAGACCUAGUGGUGGCUCCUUUGGCCAUUACCUACGUGAGGGAGAAGGUCAUCGACUUCUCSAAGCCCUUCAUGACCCUGGGGAUAAGUAUCCUCUACCGCAAGCCCAACGGAACCAACCCGGGUGUCUUCUCCUUCCUCAACCCCCUCUCACCCGAUAUCUGGAUGUAUAUUCUGCUGGCUUACUUGGGUGUCAGUUGUGUGCUGUUUGUCAUAGCCAGGUUUAGCCCGUACGAGUGGUACAACCCCCAUCCGUGCAACCCAGACUCGGACGUGGUGGAAAACAAUUUUACGUUGCUCAAUAGUUUCUGGUUCGGCAUCGGGGCUCUCAUGCAGCAAGGCUCAGAACUCAUGCCUAAGGCCUUGUCCACCCGGAUCGUGGGGGGCAUCUGGUGGUUCUUCACCCUCAUUAUCAUCUCCUCCUACACGGCCAACCUGGCUGCCUUCCUCACCGUGGAGCGCAUGGAGUCACCCAUCGACUCGGCCGAUGACCUGGCCAAACAGACCAAGAUCCUGUACGGAGUGGUGGAGGACGGAUCUACCAUGACCUUUUUCAAGAAGACGAAGAUCUCCACUUACGACAAGAUGUGGGAGUUCAUGAACAGCCGGCGAACGUCUGUGAUUGUGAAAAACAUAGACACGGGCAUCCAGCGCGUGCUCACCUCCGACUACGCUUUCCUCAUGGAGUCCACAACCAUUGAGUUUGUCACCCAGCGCAACUGCAACCUUACCCAGAUAGGGGGCCUCAUCGACUCCAAGGCCUACGGAGUGGGAACACCCAUGGGGUCUCCGUACCGGGACAAGAUCACCAUAGCGAUCCUGCAACUGCAGGAAGAAGGGAAGUUGCACAUGAUGAAGGAGAAGUGGUGGAGGGGAAACGGCUGUCCGGAGGAUGAGAAGAAUAAGGAGGCCAGCGCUCUGGGGGUGCAGAACAUCGGGGGUAUCUUCAUCGUGCUGGCCGCAGGGCUGGUGCUGUCUUUGUUCGUGGCCGUUGGGGAGGUCCUGUACAAGUCUAAACAGAACGCAGAGCUAGAGAAGCGCUCUUUCUGCAGUGCCAUGCUGGAAGAGCUACGUGGCUCCCUGAAGUGCCGGCGGCGGCUCAAGCAGAAGCCGCAGCCACCAGUCAUCGUCAAAACUGAGGAGGUCAUCAACAUGCACACAUUUAACGACAGGAGACUGCCAGGCAAGGAGACCAUGGCGUGAUUGGGGUCGAAGGUCAAAAAUAGCCCUGAAAAGGUUCAAACACCCAGAAGAUCUGGAGGGAUUGAAUGAACGCUAAUGUAACGUUAACGUAACCUGAAACUAUAUUGCGUUGGCCCCCAGCUUUGGCAGUAUGGUAGACAUGUUUCCUGUGGAAAUYUAGAUGUGUGGACAUGACUGGAGAUGAUGCGUCACCUCAUGGUGGCCAACAGUUUUCGAGAGGGACUUUUGCAGGGGACAAGUUGAAGGAUUGUGAGAAUGAUGGGAUCUUUGAGAUGGAUCUCGAUAGGGACUCGAAGAGGAGAACUCAAAAUGUGCAUGUCUGUUGAGACUGCCUUUGAGUUCACUUCACAGUCGGGGACUUCGCACAGCCACACAUGCACACACACCUGUUCAGAGCAUCACACUGUAUCUUGAGACCCCAAGAAAUGAGUUGAUGUUGUUUUUUUCUGUUGAUGUUGUUUUUUUCUGUUGAUGUCAAUUACACUUUUGUCAAAUCUCCAUGUGUGUGUGUCCAGUUGAUAAAAAAGGAGCUCAUGUAACAGGGCGUUAUAAGGAAUGUUAAAAAGUGCCAAAAUGUUGAAUUAAGAACUGUAUGAAGAAAAUAGAGAUGAUAAAAUAUGUAUUUAUUUCA